AUGAAUCAGAACCUUACCUUGUUUAGUGAUGAUGAUAACUUGUUUGAAUGCCCUUUGUCUAAUGUCUCAAAUUAACUCUUCGAGUAAAUUUCAAAUCAUAAAUUCUUAAAAUAUAACAGUAGUAGCUUUGAUGAGAGGCAUCGGGAAUAAAAUAAAAGUUUGAAUAAAACUUAGUAAAACUAAUAGAAACCAUAACCAAUAAAUCAGCAAAAUGUAUUAAUACCAUUUUUAUACUUUCAGGUACCAGUUAAUGAUGCUAUUACAGAAUGCUUAGAGAGUUUAGGAGUCCAAAGGAUACAAAACUCAACUACCAUUUUCUUAAGUUAGAACUCAGAUCAAUAUUCUAUGGGUAGCUAAGAUCCACUGAGAAAGUUCAAAAAUAAUCCAUAAACUGUUGUAGUUCUCUAAUCAGAUACAUGUGAAAAAAUGUACUAUGAAAAAUUGAAUGAAAAUAUGCAUUCAAAGUAGAAGAAAAAUAAGCAAUUCUUGUAUAAUCCUCUGGAUAAACUUGAUCCCAAGCAUCUUAAGCCAAACUACUAACUUGAAAGAGAGUAACGAGAGAUUGAAAGAGAAAUUGAGUAAAACAAGAAACAAGGAAAGAAAACUUUUAUUGGGAAAUAAGUUCUCGAGCCAAAAUAAGUUUCGCAAAAAAAGCCAGAUGUUUAAAUUAUCGGGAAUAAUGAGAGCAUUAAACUUCUUGAUAAAUUAGGAAUCUAAUAAAUAGGCGUGAACAUAAACUUUCAAAGAAAGGAUGCUACCUCUAAGGCUAGUUCAAAGCCUGUAAAUUCCAAUUCAGAAACAGUACAUCGCUAAAAUUAAAAGAGAAAUUAACCAGAUGCAGAUGAUCUAGAGAUACUUGAACAGAAUGUGAGAUAGAUAUAGAACAGUAAAGCUAAUGAUCAUUUUCAUCAGAGAAAUUCAAGAGAUAAAAUUGACAAAACCAGGAAAUAGUUUGAUAAUAGGAAAAAAUUUAAUGAUUAAAAUGAAUUUGGAAUAUCCAAGAAUUUGAAUAUUCAGAGAAAUAGUAGCCCUUCAAAGAGAACCUAAAACAGAACAAGCAAAAGUUUAUUGACUUAAAACAUUGAGAAAUAAACACCUUCAAAAUCCACUAAAAAAAGAUUACUUGACUUACCAAUAAUUGAAAACUAUCUUAAUAAUUAAAUUGAAAUCAAUAUACCUGAGACCAAUUAAAAAAAGAAGCUUAAAAGGGAAGAAUAAACUUUUACCCAACUUGAGGAAGGUGAAAUAAAUAUUACUUCUAAUAACUUAAAUUAGAUUGUUAACACAAAUAACAGCAUUGCCUUGCCACUGGUAAAUUAGAAUAAUCUAGAGUAACCUAUAUAUGGCAGCAAUAGCAAGGAUCUUAAUAAAUAAAUUUAAAAUCUAAAUCUAAGUGAUAAUAUUGCCUAAGUUUCUAUAAGGCAGUUUGAAAACUCAGCUAGUGAUAAUAGCCAAACACUAGAUCUGAUAAUUGAUAAUGAAUUGGCUGAUUACUAAAUGGAAUUAGAAGUUGAAAAUCCAGAGCAAAUUUAAAUUAAUCAACAUUAAUAAAUUCAAGUUGAACUUUCAGAGAAUCAGAAAGCUAAGCAAAACUUUCAGUAAUUCUUAAAUGAAUUACCACAAAAAAUCUACUCUCCUAAUAAGCCUCUAAAAGUCGCCUAAUGGCCUGCUACUGGUUUCCCAAAUAAAAUUUAAGUUGAUAGUCAAUAAAAAGAAAAUUACUUAAUAAAGUAUUAACAACUUUUAAAAUUGAGAAAUGAAUAAAUUUAAUCUAGCUAGGAGUAUCUCUAGAGAUAACAAGAUAUGAGGAGUAUUAUUCAUAUAAAAAAUCAGUUAGAGUAUGUUAUAACAAAGAGGCUAGCCGAUGUUAAAGGGAUUUUACAGAAACUUGUUAAUUUAGCUAGAAUUCUCAAUAUCAAAGGGAAAUAAGCUGAAGAAUUCUUGAAAUGGAUAGUAGGAAAGGGUUAGAAACAAGAGAAAAUGAAGAUUCAAAUUUAUUAGAAUAUCAGCUAUAAACUAUAUUUGCUUAUUUGGGUUAACUAAAAGGGAAAGUAUUGUUAUGAUUUAGUUCCCACACAGGGUAAUUAGUGCUCAUUUGAUGGAAUGUCUGUUGAUUGA